AUGCCAUUAUUUGAUUUAAAGGUUUAUGUUCGAGUCGUAGCCGCUGUUUUCUCAAUAUCAUCAGCCACAGCAUUUGUGUUGUCUCUGCUGCGUCUCUUGUGUCCAAACCUGUAUUAUGUGGAAUAUUUGGACGGCAGUGACUUGAUUAUCCACUACCUUAUAUCCGGGCUGAUGUUGGUAACUAGUUCUAUUGGCUUCCUGAACAGUUGUGUUGUGAUGAACCGUAGUUCCUCUCAGAACACUGGUCGGAACAUCACCACUUGGUUGUUACUGGACUCACUGUUUGAGACGGCUCGGGUCGUCUAUAUAUUCAUGAGUGAAGUUGUCAUCAAGGGAACGGGCCCACUACAGAUCUAUGAACUGCUCAUUAGCAUCGCACAGUACUUGUUGGACAGCUUCCUGUACUGUCAGAUGAUUCUGAAGCACUGA